AUGAAAAUACAUACUGGAGAAAAACCUUUUUCAUGUAAUAUCUGUGAAUAUAAAUUUAAAGAAAAAAGUAAUUUGCAAAAGCAUAUGAAAAUACAUACUGGAGAAAAGCCUUUUUCGUGUCAUAUCUGUAAAUAUAAGUGUAUUACAAAAAGUCAUUUGCAAAGGCAUAUGAAAAUACAUACUGGAGAAAAACCUUUUUCAUGUAAUAUCUGUGAAUAUCAAUUUAAAGAAAAAAGUAAUUUGCAAAAGCAUAUGAAAAUACAUACUGGAGAAAAGCCUUUUUCGUGUCAUAUCUGUAAAUAUAAGUGUAUUACAAAAAGUAAUUUUCAAACACAUAUGAAAAUACAUACUGGAGAAAAACCUUUUUCAUGUAAUAUCUGUGAAUAUAAAUGUAUAGAAAAAAGUAAUUUGCAAAGGCAUAUGAAAAUACAUACUGGAGAAAAACCUUUUUCGUGUCAUAUCUGUGAAUAUCAAUGUAUUCAUAAAAGUCAUUUGCAAAGGCAUAUGAAAAAACACAUUUGA